CCCAUAAUGAACACUAAACUCUGUAUGUUAAUAGUUGUAUUGAUUAUUGAUUUACUCAUAAUUCAUUUUCUAAACUCGGUGACCUCUGACCCCGCGAGUCCCGCCAAACACUGCGGAAGUGAAGCGGAAGCUGUCACUGAGAGCUAACAGCAGCUAGCGGUCCGUUAGCGAGGACUCCACAGAGGGGCUGACCAUAGGUACUGACCAUAGGUAUUGAUCAUAGGUGACUGACCAUAGAUAACUGAUUAUAUAUGACUGAUUAUAGAUAACUGAUCAUCGUUAUCACGUGGUUCAUCGCUCCGGUAGCAACCUCUAUGUUUACUGAUGAAGCUAACUGAUGCUAAGUGCUAACGAACGUUCCGCUGAUCGAUGACUGAAGCAGUGAUCAGCUGCGUCACCAGUAAACAGUCCCAUCAGAUCAUACUGGUCCCAGUGUGAGGGGACAUCCGGGUCUGUGGACAUCCGGGUCUGUGGACGGUUCAGCAGCAGCUAACUGAAGGAAGGAUGUCAGAGGAGCAGACGGUGUCUCUGGUUGAUGUUCUGGAGGAGGAUGAAGAGCUGGAGGAAGAAGCUUCAGCAGUGUUGGCAGGAAGUGACUCUGAUCACUGCUCCUACCCCCAGGGCUAUGUGAAGCGUCAGGCUCUGUAUGCCUGCAGCAGCUGCACACCAAAGGGAGGAGAGCCAGCGGGGGUCUGUCUGGCCUGCUCCUACAAAUGUCAUGAAGGUCACGACCUCUUUGAACUCUACACCAAGAGGAACUUCCGCUGUGACUGUGGAAACAGGAAGUUCAUGGAGCUGCAUUGUAAACUUCACUCUGAGAAGGACGAGGUCAACAGUCUGAAUAAAUACAGUCAUAACUUCUUUGGAGUUUACUGUACCUGCAGCCGGCCGUAUCCAGAUCCAGACGACCAGGUGGAGGAUGAGAUGAUUCAGUGUGUGGUGUGUGAGGACUGGCUGCAUGGCAGGCACCUGGGCUGUGUGGUUCCAGACUGUGUGGAGCUGCAGGAGAUGAUUUGUGAAUCCUGUAUGAACAAAAACCAUUUCCUCUGGACCUACGCUGCUCACCUGUCAGUUCAGGUGAAGGAGGAGAGAGAGGCAGACCAGUCAAACACAACCCUCCCUAACAAAGAAGAACAGGGGGAUGAAGUCAUUGAGCCCAGCUGUAAGCGAAGCCGUGAGGAGGCGGAGCCUAGCUGCAGACUGAAGCAGCUGCAGGCGAUUGGUCAGAAAAGAGUCCAAUCAGGAGCCGUGUUCUGGCCGUCAGGGUGGCGUUCCAAACUCUGCUCCUGUAUCACCUGCAAGGAGUGUCUGUCUGAAUCCGGCCUCUGCUUCCUGUUGGACGAGUCCGACACCGUCCUCGCCUACGAGAACAAAGGAAAGACCAACGAACAGGGACGGCAGGGACACGACCCUCUGAUGUCAGCGCUGGACCACCUGAACCAUGUGCAGCAGCUCGAGAUCAUCCACGGUUAUAAUGACAUGAAAACUGAACUGAAGGACUUCCUGCAGAGAUUCGCAGAAGAUGGAAAGGUUGUGACUCCUGAUGACAUCCGUCGGUUCUUCGAGCAGCAGAGUCGAAAGAGACGACGAGAUGAUGCCGGACGCUUUUACCCGACCUGAAGACCUUAAACCUUGAAAUGACCAACCUUUCUUGAUCUUACUUUUUUAUCUUCAGUUUUCUUUGAAGCUUUCAGACUUCCUGUUUUUAAUGUUUUCUGUCUCGUUGGUCACAAACAUGUUGUUUAUGUGUUUCCUUUUUAAUGAACUAAUUAAACUCCAUCAGCUGAACAUUGACAUGGAGUCGUCAUA